AUGAACACAGUAAAAUCAGUCUACUAUGGCUGGGCCACCCUCAUCGUCGCCGGCGGCGGCGCCUAUUUCUUCGCCAAACGCAGCAUCAACGCCGACCGAGCGCACAAAGCAGAGCUGGACCGACAAAAGCGCGCGCGCAUCUACGAGAUGGAGCACGGCAUACAAGCACCCCCGACGACGCCUUUGAACCCGACGGCGCGGCCAGGGUCAACGCAAGCGGCGCCGCAGAGCGUGACGAGUGAAUUGGGGCGGCUGCGGAGCGAAGGAGGAGGGAAUGGGGGCAAUGGGGGUAUGGGACAGACGGAGGGGAAUCCGAGUGUGCAGGCGAGUCAGGAUCCGGCGCCUACGAGGCAUGCGCCUACGGAUGAGGGGCAGAGGGUUGGGGAGAAGAGCAAGUACGAGGCUAGUGAUGUGUAUCGGAGUAGAAAGGGGGAUCGGUUCUCAUGA